UUCACAUUCCUAGUCUGUGUCGCAAACUGCAAGGCUAAGCAAACAAGCAAGCGUGCAGUGAAUUGCAAACAAUCGUGCUUGGUAUUUGUUGGUGUAACUGUUCGUGGCCUAAUCAUAAACGAAUAUUGAGAGAAAAAUAAGUACAAAUUAUUACAAUUGAAUAGAGCUCAAUCAUUUAAAAUGACCACCGCAGCAAGGCCCACUUUUGAUCCGGCUAGAGGUGGACAAGGACGUGGUGAAAAGGAUUUGAGCGCUAUAUCUCGACAGUACUCCAGUAGAGAUCUGCCUGGACAUACGAAGUUAAAAUACAGAGAACAAGGACAAGGCACCACUGAAGAGUUAAGAUCAAGAGAUUUUCGCAAAGAACUAGAUGAUAGAGAAAAGGAAAUUAAAGGCCCAAGCACAAGAAGGCUAAAUGAACCACCCGCAAAGAGAGCCAAAGUAGAUCAAGUACCCGCUGCAAGUUUGGAUGCGGAUGAUCCCCUUGAAGGAGAUUCUUCAGAAUCUGACGAUUCUGAUGAUGACACUGCGGCAUUAUUAGCGGAACUGAACAAAAUAAAAAAAGAGCGAGCAAUAGAACAGGCAAAGAAGGAAGCUGAAAGGAAACAAGAAGAGGAGAGAAUACGAAUGGAAAACAUUUUGUCUGGGAAUCCUUUGUUGAAUUACUCUGCAGCAGGACAAAAAAAUGAUAUGAAGGUUAAAAGAAGAUGGGAUGAUGAUGUUGUGUUCAAAAACUGUGCUCGUUCUGAGCCACAAAAGAAAGGCAACACAUUUAUCAAUGACUCACUUAGGUCAGAAUUUCAUAAAAAAUUCAUGGAAAAAUAUGUUAAAUAAUUUUUUUACAUGAUUUGUAAAAGUGAGAUUACAAAAUGAUUAGAUUUAUUAAACUGGUUUAUUAUCUAACAGUUUGAUAUUUUUCAGGGUUUGAAAUAUUCGAAAUAUUAUAUAUCCAAUAUAUAUAUAUUUUUUUUAUUUAUGUCACCGGAAGUCAGUAUAAUAUAGGCAUUCUAUACAUUGCCUGGGCUAUGGAUAGAAUGCCUAAGGUGGAUGUCUCAUUAUUAUGUUUAAUUCCCAGUUAAAUUAAUAUAACUAAUUUUGUUAUAAAUUUAUUUGUAAUUUUCAGUCUGUGUCACAGUCUGUCAGUAUGCCUGCCGAAAUUUGGGGCUAGCUUCAUCUUUGUACUAACGUUAAUAUCAGUAUGUGAUAUAAAUGAACUUUAUAGGUACUAUUUAUUAUUAUCUGCGUGUAAAUAGUAGUAGGGUGUAGGUAAUAUUUUAUUUCUGAAAACUUAUGUUUUUAACUAGGUUGUAAGGUGUUUUAUUUUUAAUUAGCUGUUGCCAUCGACUUUAAACAAAAUCUGUGUGACCAAUAGUUCACUGAUAAUCUCAGUAUUGCCUCCUUCAAGGGGUGGAUUAACAUCGGAGAAAACCACAUUCUAAUCGGAGCAACAGUUUUCACGUGAUGCGAGUACAAACAGACAUAAUGAAAUACUAAAAAUCACAUUUUUGGUUUCUGUUCGUUUUAGAUCCUGACCGAUAUCUUUCAAGUAUCGGUCAAGAUCGGUAUCGGUAAGAUUUCUAAAAUGUGAACAGAAACAGAUGUGGUAUGUGGAAGAAAUAUACCUAAUUGUUGGUAUUGCUCCUUUGUUUUAAUUUAAGAAUGGAGCGAAGCCCCGGGCAGAAGUAGCUUAAAAUAAUUCUUUGGUACCUAUAUUUAUUAAAGAUUUUAUAAAUCGA